AUGUCCUCCAAACAAGAGUUGAGACAACUGGAAGAGGAGAUUUUCGAAAACAACGAAAUGACUGAAGAUUUAAUCGCUGACGAGGUGCCGCCUACAUAUAGCUCUCUCUUCUCCGAGGACCUACUACUUUCUCCACCAACCACCAGGGACGAAAGGCGGGAAUCAGUCCUAAUCGAAGAUAUCGGCCGUUUUAGCAUAGAUUUAAGUGCCGGAACUCGCACGUCUACGCUAAUCCAAGAAUUUUCAUUACCUACACAACGACCACAGGUUAUAGAAAUUCGAGCAAACAAUUCGAGCUCAAGUUCACUUACCAAAAGCACCGAUGAUGUCAACCCCGCAGAUGGAACCCAUGAAAUCCCACUGGAUAUUCUUCUGAUGCUUGUGGGAAGCAGAGAAGAGAGCAAAUCCGUUAUACUGGUUGGCCAGGAACUCCACAAACAUGGCCACCGUGUUCGAGUCGCUGCACAUUCAAUCUUCCAAUCACUCGUCCACAGGGCUGGAUUAGAAUUUUUCUCCAUCAGCAGCGACCCAGAGCAUCCUAUCGCGACAAACGAUUCUGGCCUCAUGCCUGAUUCAAGCGGUCUUAACAGGGUACAGGUCCUGAAAAACAAAAAGGUCUUGCUAAACACACUCAAAGAAUGUUGGAAUGGCUGCACCCAGCCCAGCUCUCGCGAAAUUAAACCCUUCAUCGCGGACGCCAUCAUCGCAACGCCUCUUGCACACGCUCAUAUCCAUUGUGCGGAGCGGUUGUCCAUCCCGCUUCAUAUCAUGUCCAACAGCCCCUGGACACCGACAAGACGAUUCGAACAUCCGUUAGCACAGAUCGAGACGGAAAGUGAGAUUGAUUAUCAGUUGCAGAAUUAUCUGUCCCAUUUACUGGUUGGAGAGUCGGUGUGGCAUGAAGUUUACCACGUUGUCAAUCAUUUCCGACAAGCAGUUCUAGGUCUACAACAGUUAUCUGUAUCUGACGGAGCCGGGAUUUUGAGAGACCACAAAAUUCCUCAUACCUAUCUGUGGUCCUCGGAAUUGCUCCCAAAACCGGAGGACUGGGAUGACACCAUUGAUAUUUCCGGCUACCCCACGAUCGAAACUUCAUCUCCUUACACCCCUUCAAAAGCGCUAGACGAUUUUCUCGAGUCCGCAAUCGAACCUGUCUUCGUUGCACUGGAUAUAACCCAAUUGAACCACCCGGAUUUGUUCAUUCAAUGCCUUGUGGAAGCUUCACAAAGCCACGGAGCUUAUAUUCUUAUACCAAGUGGGUUCCGAGAAUUAAUUGAUAUUUCUGAAACGCCGAAGAUUUUCCUGCUAGAGAAUGACCCAAAUGUUAAGGAAUGGCUCAUCCGCAGAAUAUCCAUCUUGUUGACCAGUGGGGACAUCCCAACGGUAAAGCAGGGUGUUAGGAACGGGAAACCAAUGAUCUCAUUACCACUUCUUUGCGACCAACCCUUUUGGGCAACAACCAUCUACAACGCAGGUCUCGGCCCACCUCCACUCCGCGAGAAAACGUUGCGCAGCGAAACCUUUGUGGAAGCAUUCCAGUAUUGUCUACGACCAGAUGUGAAGCAAGUUGCUUCCAGGCUAGGCCAGACGAUCCAGGGGGAGAACGGCACUACAAACGCUGUCCAAUCGUUCUAUCGUCAUUUGCAAUGGGAGAAGGUUCGAUGCAACGAUACUAGCACGGGGCCUAUGGUCUAUCAUAUGCAAUUAAAACCAUCGAUUAGCAGCAAAGUCGGGACUGAUGGGGUGGUCAUUUCGACAACAGGAGGCGGGUCCCUCAUGGAACCUGAUGAGUACCCAGUGCACACAAGAUUGGAUAAAACACCCGAGUCCACCGAAGAAAAACUCAACACCACCUUCUUCGUCGACGCAAAGGGCGUAUCCAAAAGUUUGAUUAAAGCAAUCAUCAAACCUACUGUCUCUCACAUCGCAGAUGCGCACAGGAAACGCGAGGCUCACAAUGAUGUACCCGUACCGACGGUGCAGAAGGUCCAGCAAUGCAAAACCCGAACGGAGACGGCUAUGAAAGUAGCGAGGAAUGUGGGCUUUGGGUCUGCGGUUGCUUGUGGGAAGAUUGCCAUACUUCCGUUUAAGACUGUAUGGUAUAUGAGCGAAACGGCGUCAUACGGAGUGCGAGUCCUACAGGGGCUGGAUCGUCGUGAAGACAAAAGUCACGACCAAGACGUAGAACAAGCGUCCAGUGUCAACAACUCUCAGGUUUUCGAUGAAGGUAAAGUGUUGGACUUAGGAGGCGUGAAGGAUAUCAAUUCUGACGAUUUAUAUGUUGUCACAGUUAUCGAUACGGCUUCUUUGGACAGAGACGAUGCUUAUACGCGUGCAAUCACAGCUUCGGGUAUUGUGCCUGCUGAGGAGAGUCAGAGUACAACUCAGCCUCGCGGUGGUGAUGGGUUAUCUCUCGGGUCUCGCCGGUCUGAUUCUUCCGUACCUGGUGGCAAGAGGGAGUAG